UAUCACUACGGCACCGGGGCGUGGGGGCUCUUUGGCGCUUGGCCUGCCCGUCGUUGCCUCCCUGCCUCUGCCAUCCCUGUCAGCAGCCAAGGGAUUAGCAUAAGCUUAAAACACCAUUGCUUUGGCUCACUCGCUUCUGCAGGAUGCCACACAAGAUCGGUUUUAUAGUUAUCAGUUCAUCGGGACACGAAGAUGGGUUCAGCGCAAAAGAGCUGAUGGUUCACGCACCGACAGUGAAUGGAUGGCGAUCACCCAGACUCUGUCAGUAUCCACAGGAAAUUGUUCUGCAGCUGGUGGAGAGAUGUCGAAUACGAAAACUGCAGUUGCUUGCUCACCAGUACAUGAUUUCAAGCAAAAUUGAGUUCUACAUCAGUGAGAGCUUACCUGAAUACUUUGCUCCUUAUCAGUCAGAAAGGUUUCACAGACUAGGAUAUGUCCCUCUCUCAGACAAUGAAAAGACUGAUUUCAAAGCACGAGAGUUAAAAUCUGUGUAUAUGGAUGCAGUUGGCCAGUACCUGAAGCUGAUUUUCCAUAAAAAUUAUGUCAACAGAUACAAUUUAUAUGGUCAGGUUGCCCUAGUAGCUAUAAACAUUAUUGGAGAUCCAGCAGACCACAGUAAUGACAGCAAUAAUACUCCUUCCAGAGAGAAGCUGAUAGACCACUACUUAGGAAUUAAAUCAGAUGAUCCUGCCUUAGAUGGAACUUACCUUGGGAAACCUGACUCCAUUUCACCUCUGGAUGAUUUGGCUUUUGACAUGUACCAGGAUCCAGAAGUUGCUCAGAUAAUACGUAGACUAGAUGAGAAGAAGCGUGAAGCUGUCCAUCAUGAACGCUACGAUUAUGCCAAGAAACUCAAACAAGCUAUUGCAGACUUGCAAAAGGUUGGGGAACGACUUGGACGGUAUGAGGUAGAGAAGCGCUAUGCUGUGGAGAAAGAGGAUUAUGAUCUUGCUAAAAUGAAAAAACGGCAAAUGGAAAUGUACCGUCUGAAGGUGUAUCAGCAACUAGAGCUCCACGACCUUCUGGAUUCAGAGCUGAUGAUUCGAAAACCACCUGAAUUGUCUUCAGAGCCUAUGAUUUAUACUGACAAUCCUCAGCACACGAAAGCUACAAAUUCACCUCUGUGUGAGCACACAGAACCACAGAAAGGAGAGCCAUGGCAAACAGAGCCUUUGCUGGAAGAGAAGUCAACAGAUCCCACUUCAGCUGAGCCCGCUGCUCCUCAUCAGUCCCCUCCUCCUCCUGUGACUCAUCCCACAACCGCCAGGGAAGUGUUUCCCAAAGAAAAUGUUGAAUUUUUACCUUAUGAUGAGAGACCUCUUCCAGCUAUCUGUAAGCAGUCUGAUGAAGCAAUUGUGUACCUUGAGCCGGAGAUGACUGAGGAGGGUAUCAGCGAUACCCCAAGAAGUGGCUUUACUGGGGAACCUGAACCAUUAACUGAGAAGUCACUGAGGGAGGCCAGCCCUGCUGUUGAAGUUUUUGGAGAAGCUUUGGUUUCAGGAGCAUAUUCUAAAACUUGGUCAUAUCGUGAAGAUGCAUUACUGGCUGUGUAUGAGAAGCUGAUGGAAAUGUCAGUAAGCACUCCGAAGGAUGAUUUAAAGAACAUGCUGAGGGCUGCCAUUUUUCUUGUAAGGAGAGCAAUCAAAGACAUAGUGUCUUCAGUUUUUCAAGCUUCCCUGAAGCUUUUAAAAAUGAUCAUUACCCAAUAUAUACCAAAACAUAAACUAGGAAAGCUAGAAACUUCUCAUUGUGUGGAAAAAACACUCCCAAAUUUGCUUUCUAGAACAGGAGACUCUUCAUCCCGUCUUCGCCUUAUGGCUUCUAACUUUAUUCAGGAAAUGGCACUGUGUAGUGAAGUUAAAGCUCUUCAGAUUGUUCCAGUUCACUUGGUUCAACCAUUAAAACCAAACUCCUCAACACAUCUGGCAAUGAGUCAGGUGGAAUUAGUGGAAUGCCUCUUGAAAGACAUGGGAACUGAAAACUCUGGGUUUACCAUCGGCAACGUCAUGAAGUUUGCAACGGGAGCUUUGGAACACAGAGUUUAUGAAGUUCGUGAUGUAGCGUUGCGGAUUAUCUUUGAUAUGUACAGGAAGCACAAGGCUGCUAUACUGGAAUAUCUUCCUCCAGAUGAUGCAAGCAUUCGAAAGACUGUUCUCUAUAAAACACUCUUUGAUGGCUUUACUAAAAUAGAUGGUAAACUUUCUGAAGCUGAAAUUAGGGCACAGAGAAAGGCAGCAACAGAAGAAGCAGAGAAACAGAAGAAGGAAGAAAUAAAAGUCUUGCAAGAUCAGCUGGCAGCUCUAAAGGAGAUACAAGCAGAAGUUCAAGCUGGAAAGGAGAAAGAAUCUGAUUUUCAGAAGCCAAAGAAUCGAAGUUACCAGGUAAACGAAAGCCCACAGCCUGCAGCAGCAGAGAUUCCAGCUAAUCAUUCCUCUGUUGCAAAUUACUUGGAUAACUUAUGUAUUUUUUGUGGUGAAAGGGAUGAAUCCUUCACAGAGGAAGGAUUGGAUCUCCAUUACUGGAAACACUGCCCAAUGUUAACCCGAUGUGAGCACUGCAAACAGGUGGUGGAAAUAGCAAGCCUGACAGAGCACUUGUUGACUGAUUGUGAUAAAAAGGACAACUUUGGGAAAUGUCAAAGAUGCAGUGAGGCCCUUCCAAAAGAUGAGUUGCCCAAACAUAUUAAGAGCAAGACUUGCAAUGCUGCCAAACCAGAAAAUGUGGCAAACCAUUGCCCGUUGUGCCAUGACAACUUUUCCCCAGGAGAAGAGGCCUGGAAAGCUCACCUAAUGGGCAGUGAUGGCUGUAAAAUGAAUCAACGGAGGUUAUCCCCAAUAAAUAAAACUCUUCUGGUGCAGCCUGGCAAAAUAGGUGGCCAGUAUUUAAAGAAACCAGGUCCUCCAGGUGCAAAAGCUCGACCUCCCUCUAUAGGAAGCAAGAUCCCAACCCCAAGAGGGGGCUCAAAUAAAAGCACUGGCAAAACAUACUCAAAGCGAUGACAGGACAAGUAUUUUUCACUUUGUCUUAGUAACUGGGCAUAUAGUUGUUAAUAGUUAUUUAUAAAUUGUGGGCGACUCAUACCUGCUUUUUCAGUUGACUCCAUGGGGCUGUAGAUCAGCCUUGAGCAGCACUUGCCUAGUCUGAUAACUUCGGUGUUAGCUGGCUGUGCAGCACUGUGGGUUUCUCCUAGAAGUGCUCUCAUUCCCUGCGUGGCACAAGGAAGGCUGUGCACUGGUCUUUGGCUGGUUCCUCAUAUUAAAAAAACUCCCUGAUGAGUGUGAAAUUAACAUGGCCACAGUGUGUAGCUGCUGUCCCAGUCAGCCCAGAGGCUGUGCUCUGGUUAUGGGAUUACUCUGGGGCUGUGGUUCUAACUGUCUGGUUUUGUGGUCCAGUAAGGAAUUUCCUUAAGAUCCAAAAGCCACAGUCAUCUGUGGUUCAGCUUUCUUUUGGGGAAGAGAAAGAAACCUACUAAGCAGAAAUUGUACUAGACUGUCAGGACAGAGCUGAAAAGCAUUUGCUCUUUUGAUCUAAGUGUAACACUUGUUUGCAAUUAUAUAUUCUGAAAGCUUGGGUGUUAAUACCUGUAUUAGCUGACUUCACCACCUGAUCACUUCAAUGUAAUAAUUGCAGAGUAGAUUGCUAAUAGUUUUCUGCCAAAAUUGACUUUAUAACAUGCUGAAAGCAAUAGUGUCAGUAAUUUUUGUUUGUCUUGCCAUCGGACAUUUGUGGUAGAAGAAUAGGUCACAAGUUAAACUGUGUGUACCGGUUGGCUAUGAGGUCGGCUGCCUGUGUGCAUUUCCACAUUACAGCAGUGCAUUUACAGAGAAUUCAUCAUUAUUAGACUUGUAGAAACACCUUUGAAAAUGUGGAUGUAUGAUGAGCAAAAUCGGCUUGUUGCAGUUGCUCAGGAUCUUUUGAUGGGAUGAUGGUGUUGGUAUCUUAGCAAUGCCAUCGUUCAUCUGCUAUGAUGUGCAGCAGCAUAAAGUGAAAUGAAAAAUGCAUGCACGUGUAGGAGGAAAUACAUGUCAGACUAUAAGAAAUGUGUAUCUUGGGUAUCUGAAAGACCUGUAUGAUCCUGUAUAGAUAAACUCUUGAACCAAUUAAUGGGUAAAAUAACAGUUCCCUAAAGCAAAAUUCUUCCUCAUGGGUUUGCUGGCAGAAAAAAAGGAAAAAAAAAAAAAAAAAAGGAAGAAUCGCAGUGUAGGCAAGGAAAGCUGUGGGGUUUGGUUUUUCCGCUGCAAAUUCUAUAGUGUGGAUUUAUUUGCUUCAGUUAGGGCCUGUCUGCAAGUAAUGCCAGGAAUUGGAAUGCUUUUUCAGGAGUCCACUCCUCAAGUAUAAUGAAGUAAGGCAAAUAAUCAUGCCAUUCUUUGGUGACUGGUUUAACUGCUAUGCCAGGACCUAGUGUGUUUUGAUAGCAAGAAAGACACUAUUAGUGUGUUUACAACAGCUGCCUUUUCCUCCAUUUGUCAUGAUAAACUUUGUCAGGUAAAAUGGGGCAAAUUUAUAGCCAUUGUGAAAGCUUACAAGUCCAUUUAUUUUUGUUAGGCUCUAAAACUCUUGGUUCCUUCACUGGAAAUGGGAACUGUACUUCUUCCUAAAACUGACUGCUAUCUUUGAACACCUCGUAAGUCAGCUGAAAGCUCUAGUUGACCCUGCAAGGAAAGGAAUUGGAUCAGGGCCAUUAUAUAAUGUUUCCACUAAUUUUUAAAAUGCUUAGAAAUAUCAUUUUGACAGAUAAUUUGUUCUCCUUUCUAAUACCGGUGUCUGUAAUCUUAUGAGCUUAAGCAUGUGAAUAAUGUCAAGUGAAAUAGAUGUCUCUUCCUUGGGUCCACAGAGGCUCUAGGAGUAACACAAGCCAUGCGUGGUGAGAAGUGGUUUUGCUGUGGAAGCCUGGCCUUUACCUAUAUUUCAGGUUUAGAGUUGUAAAGGCAGUAGAGCAGGACCCAAAGCGCCACUCAGCACCAAGAAUUAGCACCAAAUAAAAAAGGUGAAGGGCUGGUUGGCUGUUGCCAUACGACAUGCCGUUACUAGGAAGUAACAUGAAAUAGCUGUUGUGUGCUGCCUCUUGCUGUGCACUAAGUGCCUUAUUAGUCCCCUUGACAAAAGGAUUCAGCGAAACCGCAAGAGUCCCAUUAGGUACAUAAUAAGAGUGUGUAUCGAUGGAGCUACUGUUAAAGUUAUGCUUUAAAAUCUCACAGUUAAUUCUGAAAUAUAUCCCCAAGAAUGGCCCCUUAAAGAAAAUAAAAAAAAUCUUACUGGGGCCCUGAAAGGCUUGUAUUAAUAAAUUUAGACCUUUUUUCCAGCUUUAGUGUACUUUCUCUCAGCUCGCUUCUAAAUCCAGAUCUAAUACUGAGUUGCUCUAGUUAGAUCUUGAUUAAAAUAAACAUCCAUAGACUACAGCAUGUGGCCAUUUAAUAACUUUAAAGAGAACAAAUUCUAUUAUAAAGACACAAUGUAUGAAGCUUUGUACCUAAAGCAACACUCCUAACAUUUCUACCUGUAACACUCAGGCAGUUGCUUUCCAGGGUAGAAUUAAUUGGUCUCAUGUCUAUGUCCACCACAGGUACAAGAAUGAGCAAUUAUGAUAAUAUAAGUAGAGGUUUGGGGGUUGAGGUUUUUUGCUACCACAGAGUGAAUUUGCGCUGCUGUUUUGUGUAUACAGCACUGAUUUUGUAAUAUGCAUUUUUUAUAGUUGGCGUGCAGCCUAUCUACAAGCUUAUAGAUUUUACAGGUGCGCUUGUAUUUUGAAGGUCUUUAUAUAAAUUGUUUCUUUAACUUUUCCAAAUACAUAUAUCAAUAAAUAUACAUAUGUUAGGAAUAUAUAUAUAGUAGCAGUUAUAUAUGUAUUUUUAUUUCUACUUUAGUGACACAGGUUCCUAUUUGAGAACCUGAUUCCUUAUGCAAACAAAAUAACCGUUGAUUUUACUCAGAAUUUAGCAUUUGCAAUGGACUGCAGGUUCAUGAGCUGUUGGCCAGAGCACUUUCUUCUUUUGGAUGUAAAACUGUGAGCUUUCUGUUGUGCAAGUUUGAUGAAAAAAAAAAAAAUUACAAAGGUCCUCCAUGUAUUUUGGAUUGGCCAAUAGAAUAUGUGUAUUGAAUUAGUAAAUACAGCUCUACAUUGCUCUUCAAUCAUGUUUUUUAAACCCAAUCAAGCAACUUGUAAUUAAAAUAACCAGUUAAAUCCUGCAUGUAGCAGGAUGUGUGCUUUUUAUUUUGUAACAUUACGGGGACAACUUUUUAAACUUGUUUUUUAAAAAAGAAAACAAGACUUGAAUUAAAAAAACAAACAAACCAAACACCAAAACCAAGGCCCCACAAACACUAUUAAUUCUAGUGAGGGUCAUAUUUGCCAGUGCUGACUGACCUGAGUAGCCCGAGUUGGGAGCUAGGUCAGGCACUUUUACAGACCUUCUCUUCCGAGGCAUUUUCCCUUGUUUCUCGUGUUUUCUGCAGCUCUGUGCUCGGGCUGCCUGUCUCCCCGGGCGGUUGUUGGGGCUCUGGAGCAAGCACAGUGACAGCUUUUCUCUUCGCUCCAUUGUACAGCACAGUAAUGAUGCCUUAGGGACCCGGGCAAUGACUCCCUGCUGCUUUUUCACUGCAAGACGUUGUCACAUAGGAGAUUCCUUCCCCCUUACCACCCACCUUCCUUACCUAGGGAGGGGGAAUUAGGUAUGUGCAAGAGAAGCUCAUUGCAGGGCCUUUGUCAGACAGCUUUUAAGACAAAUGCAUAGUCUUGGGCACACCACAUUGCAUCUUAGGGCUCUGGAAUUUUUUUUCAGAUCCAAAUAGCUCUUUAGCAACAUGUUAACGAAAUAAUUUAAAUAUUUUAGAGUGUGUAACAUUCACUGAGACUGCUUUAGACUAAAAAAAUGGACUGCUACAGUGAGGUAUAAAGAUGAUAAUAACUACUCAAUGGUACGAAUUGGAAACAGAAGUGAGAAAAUGGAAUUUUUUUAGGAUGUGAGAGGACCACCUUUGAGCAUAGUAGUACCACCGAUGUAAUUUUGAAAGCAUGGGCUGCUUCCUUUCACUUGAUAAACUACCUGUGUUUUCUGCAGUGACAAAAUAAACACUGGUGUGAAAAACA